AUGGAUGAAAGUGUAUAUAACCUCAUGAUAAAUCCUAAUGUGGAUCUUCAGAAGCUUGAUAAAGACAGGCAUUUAACUGAGUAUGACAGGAAUUUGCUKCAGUCUGUUAGAGAUGACAUUGUUUCCAAUACAGAUACCAUUAUUGACUGUGGUUAUACAGGCCCAAUAGAUAAGGAACACAUAGAAGAAAUUGUCAAUUCUAUCAUUGUAUCCAUUGUUUCCAAGAGAUUAAUGUGCCUGCAGGAGUUUGUGGAAGGUCUAAACCAAUUUGGUGUUGCGCCCUCAAUACGCCUUUUUCCUAAUAUCUUCAAAGUUCUGUUUACUCUGGAAUCCCAACCCACUGCGAAAGUAGAUGCAAACCACAUCUUUUCAGUUUUGGCUCCACAAUAUUCAAUGAUAGGAACCAAGAUGGAAACAACAUCCCUUCAUAUGAAGAAGCAAUUGUAUUUGAUGCGAGUACAGAAUCAUCAGCAGAUCAAUAUCAGGUUGCAGAUACAUCGGUACCAGGGAUGGCGAACUGGCCAGAAGCAUCGGCCAAUUAAUGGUGAAAAGUUAGUGAUCAUUGUGAAUUUCAAUCAUGAUUGUCUUCAACACAACCCAGAGCACAAAUUAUGCUUUCCUGUUGUGAGUGCGUGUGCAAAGGAAAUAACUUUUCCAGUGGAGCACAUGAAAACAAUCCUUUGCACGAGUGUAGACAGUUGUAAUGGUUUUACAAAAGUCACAGGCUGUUAG